AUGACAUUUGGUGAGAUCACUGGAUCUCUCGCUGCCAAUGUCACGAAGAGCAUCACAUUCUUAAAGGAGUCUCCUUUGGUCCCUGAGCAGCUGAAAUCCAACAUCCAGGGAUUCGUGUUUGAUUUGAAGACUGGUGAGCUCCAGGAGGUCAAUUAG